CGCCCGAGUCCUAACGUAGCGUACCCUUCCCCUCUGCGCUACACGAAAACCCGGAUCGCUUGGGACGUGCGCGCGGUAGAGCUGCGCGCUAACGUGCGCCUUCUCCGUCCUCCAUGGUUCCCUUCCACGACCUCCGCCGCCUCGCCAGUGGCGUCGCCCUCGUCGCCCUCGAGGCCGCCAAGCGCUCCCGCGCCGUCGAGGCCGCCCGCUCCGGCGACGUCGCCGGAACCCUAACGAGCGCCGUCCUCGCGGCCACCGACCUCGCCGGACUGACGAAAGGGACGAUCCGCGAGGUCUCCGCCGCCCCCGCGCCCGCGCCCGCGCCCAGAGACUCCGUCGUCUACUUCUCCGGCGACGCCCCCGGCGCGAAGCCCUCGCCGGCGACCCGGCCGGAUCUCGCCGGAGAUUCCCCGAUCUCUGAGGCUUCGGCUGCUCCGGAGGUGGAAGCGAGCGUUUCCGGAUCGGAGGAUGCGAAAGACGCUGGGUUUGGCGGCGAACUCGGGCAUUCGCGUGGAGUUGAUGAGGAAAGAGAUCAUGUUGCUGAGGACAACGCAAGGGAAAGAAACAAUGAUGGUGCUAGUGGUCAUGGAGGAGAAAGUAGCCGUGUAGGUGUUGUUGCGGCGGAGAAGAAGCGGCGGCGGCUGCGGGAGAGGAGAGUCCCAUCAACCCCAUUCAGCAGAGCUCUUGGGUUCGCCGGUCUGGGUGCUGGUCUUGCGUGGGGCACAAUACAAGAAUCUGCAAAGAGGAUUAUGUAUGGAAUGCCCAAAACGGAUGACAAAAGAUCUACCGUUUCUCCCUUCUUAUCGGACCAAAAUGCAGAGCGUUUGGCUCUUGCAUUGUGUAGAAUGCGAGGAGCAGCCCUGAAGUUGGGCCAGAUGUUGAGCAUCCAGGAUGAGUCUCUCGUGCCGGCACCGGUAUUAGCAGCUCUAGAUAUAGUUCGUCAAGGUGCUGAUGUAAUGCCAAGGAGCCAGCUUAAUGCUGUGCUAGAUGCUGAACUAGGCCCUGGCUGGACAUCUAAGUUGAGAAGCUUCGAUUAUGAGCCUCUAGCGGCAGCAAGCAUUGGACAGGUCCACCAUGCUGUCAUGAAGGAUGGUUUGGAAGUUGCAAUGAAAAUUCAGUACCCUGGUGUUGCCGACAGCAUAGAAAGUGAUAUUGAGAAUGUGAAGCUACUGCUGAACUACACGAAUCUGAUUCCAAAAGGUCUUUUCCUGGAUAGAGCUAUUAAGGUGGCAAAAGAGGAGCUGUCCAGGGAAUGUGAUUAUUUGCUGGAAGCUAGAAAUCAAAAACGGUUCAGAGAGCUGCUAUCUGAUAGUGAAGGCUUUUAUGUUCCUUUGGUCAUUGAUGAAAUGUCUAGCAGAAAAGUGUUAACAACAGAGCUUGUUUCAGGAAUUCCUAUUGAUAAGGUGGCACUACUUGAUCAGGAAACACGCAAUUUUGUCGGGAGAAAAUUGCUGGAGUUGACUUUGAAGGAGCUUUUUGUGUUCCGAUUCAUGCAGACAGAUCCCAAUUGGAGCAACUUCCUUUAUGACGAGGCUUCAAAGAUUAUCAAUCUGAUUGACUUUGGUGCAGCUUGUGAUUUCCCAAGGAGUUUUGUUGACGACUAUUUGCGAAUGGUAGUUGCAUGUGCAAACAGUGACAGAGAUGGUAUAAUCGAGAUGUCCCGCAGGCUCGGCUUUAUAACAGGGCAGGAAUCGGAAGUAAUGUUGGACGCUCACGUCCAAGCGGCCAUUAUUGUUGGCCUGCCCUUCUCCAAACCGGGUGGCUACGACUUCUGUGCGAACAACAUCACGCCAAGCAUCUCCAAUCUUGGGGCGACGAUGCUGAAGCAUAGGCUGACCCCGCCACCCGACGAGGCCUACAGCCUCCACCGAAAGCUCUCUGGUGCGUUUUUGGCUUGCAUCAAGCUCAGGGCCGUCGUGCCCUGUAGAGAGCUUUUGCUACAUGUUCAUAGGGAGUACAAAUUCAGCGGCGAUCAGACGGAGGUUUUGUCCACUGCAGCGUCAUGAUUAGGAAUCCGCAAUAUUUAUCUGCAUUUGUUGUACAAUAGUUUGUUUAAUAAUGUGCGGCCCAAAAUAGGUCAUUCUUGAGAGGGCUUUUUGCAAAAUUAGGCACUUUUUUGUUUUUUUAAACCUUAUAUAGGAAGUGUUAUUCUUUUUGCGGCGAUGAAAAACGAAGAGGUCAUAUAAGAAAAACAGCAAGCUGCUAUUGUUUGUUUCAGGCAGCUGGUUGGAAAAGCAUCUCUACAGUUAUUUUCCUUCUGAUUCCAGAUCUGCUGUGUUUUUUAUUGUUGAUUAUGAGAUGGCAGAAUUUCAACAUAUAGAGGACUGCAGAGUUUUGAAUUC